AGAAAUUUCCACGCGCCUGUGCUGUUUUGUUUCUUCUCUUCACAUUCAUCUGAACCCAACAGACCCUUGAGCGUGCAUCUUACUCUGCUGGCUGGCCAUCUAAUUUCAGUUAGGAACAAACAGGAUGCGCUCUCGUGCAGCCUGCCUUGUCGCCAACGACUGAAACAUGCCAGCCACAACAAAACAGAUAAGCAACAGCUUGUCUAGAUGAGAUUCUUGGUCUCCCCUGCUCUCUUCAUCCCAUAUAAAUACAGGCACAGCCCCAAGCCUUCAGCACCAACACAUUGCAGCUAGCCUUCCCUACCAUUCUCUUACAUUAGCAUACACAAGGAAACAUCGCCAAACCUUCAGUCCCCAACAAUGGCUUGCCAUCUACGGUCGGCGAGCACGCCCUCCAGCCCUCGCUCCAGCAACACACAAGUCGAGCAGCAGCUCCAGAGCCUCAGCGCAACCGUCUCUUCGCCCUCGGCUACCAUCAAUACCAUGUGCCAUGGUUUGAAAAGGCUGGCAGACAUCUACAGCUGCAUCCAGAACAUGAUGUGCACACCAAGCAGCCAAGCCAGCCUUUGCCACACCCUGCAAAGGGCGGCAGUGGAGGCAGAGCUCGGACGGUCCCUCGUCGUGCUCGACCUCUGCAACGCCAUGCAGGACAGCUUCAUGGAGCUGAAGAUGACUGUCCAAGAGCUAUUGUUGGCUCUCAAGAGAGGAGGCGACGCGUCUGCUCAAGUCAAGGCAUACGCCGGGCUAGCCAAGAAAGCACAAAAGCAGUUCAAGAAAAUCAGCAAGAAGACUGCUUCCGACAAGAACGAUUCCAGGGUGGUGAUGCUACUUGCAGAAGCGAGGGAGAUCACCAUUUCGCUGCUCGAGUCCACAUCCUCGGUCUUGUCGAAGCAAAUUGAGAUACCUAAGUGGUCUCUUGUCUCCAAAACAUCACAGAAGAGCAAAGCCCCUUGCUAUUAGGAGCAACUGCAGGCACUGGAGCACAGUAUUGGAGAUCUCGAGAGCAGAGUGGGGCUUCUGUACAGGAGAUUAAUCCAGAACAGAGUUUCUCUUCUCAACGCUCUUAGUUCGUAGAUACCCUGAGCUCUGGCUCCCUGCGGUUGGCAUCCACCUUUUAAAGGAUUAGUCAAUCAUCAUGAUUGCAAUUUUGGUAGUAUGUACACUUGUGGAAAUGUGCAGAAAGUUCAGUUAACCGA